GCAUGAUGGUCCCUCCUGCCCUGCUGCUCUUUCUCCUGUCCUCGGUGCGAGGCACUGAGCAGCCGCAGGUCGGCACUGAGCAUCCCAGCAUGGAGGCAUCCCUGACCGGGCCCAAUGCCUCACACUUCUGGACCAACUACACUUUCUCCGACUGGCAGAACUUCGUGGGCAGGAGACGCUACGGGGCCGAGUCUCAGAACCCCACGGUGAAAGCCCUGCUCAUCGUGGCCUACUCUUUCAUCAUCGUCUUCUCGCUCUUUGGCAAUGUUCUAGUCUGUCAUGUCAUCUUCAAGAACAGGCGCAUGCAUUCUGCCACCAGCCUCUUCAUCGUCAACCUGGCAGUUGCAGACAUCAUGAUCACGUUGCUCAACACACCAUUCACUUUGGUUCGCUUUGUGAACAGCACAUGGGUGUUUGGGAAGGGAAUGUGCCAUGUCAGCCGCUUUGCCCAGUACUGUUCUCUACAUGUCUCAGCUCUGACGCUGACAGCCAUUGCUGUGGACCGUCACCAGGUCAUCAUGCAUCCCUUGAAGCCUCGGAUAUCCAUCACCAAGGGCGUCAUCUAUAUUGCUGUCAUCUGGGUCAUGGCUACCUUUUUCUCACUGCCACAUGCUAUCUGCCAGAAACUGUUUACCUUCAAGUACAGUGAAGACAUUGUACGGUCCCUCUGCCUGCCAGACUUCCCAGAGCCAGCUGACCUCUUCUGGAAGUACUUGGACCUGGCUACUUUCAUUCUGCUCUACCUCCUUCCACUCUUUAUUAUCUCGGUGGCCUAUGCCCGUGUGGCCAAGAAGCUGUGGCUGUGUAACACCAUUGGCGAUGUGACCACGGAGCAGUACCUUGCCCUGCGCCGCAAGAAGAAGACCACUGUGAAGAUGCUGGUGCUUGUGGUAGUCCUCUUUGCCCUUUGCUGGUUCCCCCUCAACUGCUAUGUCCUCCUCCUGUCCAGCAAGGCCAUCCACACCAACAAUGCCCUCUACUUUGCCUUCCACUGGUUUGCCAUGAGCAGCACUUGCUACAACCCCUUCAUCUACUGCUGGCUCAACGAGAACUUUAGAGUUGAGCUAAAGGCAUUACUAAGCAUGUGCCAAAGGGCACCCAAGCCUCAGGAAGACAGGCUGCCCUCCCCUGUUCCUUCCUUCAGGGUGGCUUGGACAGAGAAGAGCCAUGGUCGGAGGGCUCCAAUAGCCAGUCACCACAUGCCCUCUUCCCAGAUCCAGUCUGGGAAGACAGAUCUGUCCUCUGUGGAACCCAUUGUGGCGAUGAGUUAGGGGAAGCAGGAAGAGGUGGGCAGGGCUCUGUCCUCUCACAACUGACUUGAUGCUCACGGUGUCAGUAAGUCCCACAGAAGCAGAGAGAUGCUUGGGUUCCUAGGAACCUGCCCAGCUUCCUCCCCCAUGUGAUGUGCAUACCACCUAAAGGAUGCCACAAGGUGUUGUAAAAAGAUCUUUGAUCAAGUGCUGUGACAGCCACCUCGGUUCCAACAGAGGCUGGCUCAGUCAACCAGCUCCAGCUAUCCAGCACCUGCUACCUUGCCCUUCCAACUGCUGAGCAAACACAGGGGGACCUGAAUCAUAUUACUGGUGGGCCUGAUCUAUGUGUCCAGAAAACAGCUUUGCUAGCCAGGAAGAACAGACACAAAGGUUUUUCAGAAGUCAUUGGACCAAGCGUAAUCACACAUCUUCAAUGGCUGUGGCUCUCUCCAUCCAUGACCAGAAAGGACCCAUUUUGGCUUCUUAAAAUAAAGAGAAAUUAAUUGGUGUUACCAUUUUUAAAAGUUCAGAAAAGUGUACAAAUGAAUUAAGAUCAGCCUGUUAGCCCAUCAAUUUGUAAAAAUGCCUGUUAAUGUGCUGUGAAUUUGUCUGUAACUUUGCCCUCCGUCUCUGUGUGUUUUCACUUUUUAAAAUCCUGAACUACAUGUGUCCAUUUAGAUCAUAAUAAUCAGCAAGACACGGGCACAUCAGAGUACUACUGAACUCCUCCACGAUGAAUGGUGUCCCUCAGUACAACCCAAGAGAAGAGAGGAGGGCAAGUUAAAGGCUGCAACCAAUGGUGUGUGGGGCCUGGCCCUCUCCUGGAUGAUAGCUGUCAAGAAGAGCAGUACAAGAGAGCUGGGGGUAGGAUUCCCCCACACCCGCCACCCCCAGAAAUGAGAGGA